AUGAUUGCCGCCACAGCCACGUAUCAAGCUACCUUCAAAAAGCAAAUCAAUGCCAAAAUUUCUUGGGGUGGCUACUGCAGUCCGAGAUGCCGGCUGAAAGCCAAAAAGCCGACGUCGCAAUGCGGGAACCAGCCGGAGCCUGCGGCGUCUGAAACCAAAGUGCUGGACGCGGAGCCUUCGCUUCCUAGUUCACUGAGUUCACCAUCAUGUGAGACCAUUUCUUUCAACAUAACGCCCAUCUCGGGAGGUUACGUGGACAGCUUCACGGAAGCUGGUCUCAAGCAGUUGGCGCAGGCCCUUUGCUCGGAUGCUGACGAUCACGAUCUGCCCGGCUCCGUGAACCACUCCUUCUCUGUGCCUCCCGCAGCGGUAGCGCAUGACGUGUCCGAGGAUGCUGAGCAUGAUGAGCCGCAUGAGCCGCAUGGCGAGCUGCAGGCAGGCAGCACGGACCUACAGCCGGCAGCUUCGCUAAGCUCUCGGCAGCAAUUUGAGGUGAACAUCCAGCCUGUGACUUUACUCAGUGAGGGGGCGGUCGAGUACAAGCCGAACUUCCGCAAGUUCGUUCUAGAGACUGACGAGGCUGACCCUUGCGAGCACUUCUUCGCAGGCGGGAUGCAGGAAUCAGAGGAGAAGCAGUGGGAGGAGGCAAUCCGCCUGUACACAGGAGAUUCCGUGUACUCCGAGAUGAACAGGGCCCUGCGUGAGGAUGACGAGGACGGCUUGAGAGUGUAUGGCAGGUUAAUCAAUCUGACCAUGCAGCCAUUCCGUUACAGCGCCAUGUAUCCGAAGAGGCUCCUGCAGCCUCACGUAGGAACUGUUUGGCGAGGAUGCGCGUUGCCAGAUGAUGUCCUAGCCCAGUACAAGGUGGGUGAGGUGAUCGUCUGGGAGGCCUUCUCAUCCACUACGACAGAAGAGGCCGUUUGCUUUGGCGGAGUAAAGUUCGAGAUUCACUGUAGCAAGGCCUUGAAACAUAGGAUCCACGGAGGUAUGUUACAGCAGGAAUUCCUGGUGCCGGCUGAGAUUCAUGAUCUAUCGCAGUUUAAGGGAGAGAUGGAGGUCCUGUACCCUCCAUAUACAACUUUCCGGAUCGUGAGCAAAGUCACAGAGGCUGGCAGGCCUCUCGUCGUGCUGGAGACCACAGAGUUGCCAAGCUUGUUCAUGCUGGUGGCACAGGGACGUUGGGAUGAGGUACAGGAGGGCAUCCAAGCUCGCCACGAGGGAUCUACCGCGGACUCCCCUGCCUGGUUUACUCAACAUGAAGAUGCUUCCGAGUCUCUGAUGUCCCAGGUUGCAUCCAAGAUUGAAGUUGAAGGAGGCACCUCAGGUGGUUUGGCCGUGGUUCAGCAGAUGCACGGCCUCGGAGCCAAUCCUACAGCUGCCCACGAGCAGCUGUUGCAAGCUGGCUUAGGCCCGGAGACACUGAAGCUUCCCGAGGCGCAUCCGAAGUGGUUUUUUGAUGCGUCCAUAAAGAACGACGAUGACAAGCAGAUGAGCGAACGGGUGGAGGUGCACGAUGGCCUCACAUGGCAGCGUUACUACGCGAGGGAGUCUACAUUGCUAGAACAGUGGUACACCAGCGGGCAUGAAGGAGAGCUGGAAUUCACAGUUGUCAACAACCUCGAGGAACAUACUACAUACGUGGUGUCUUACGAUGCGGGCUGCAUGUGGCAAAAGCCUUUGGGGAACACAAUGAUUGGACACCUGAGGCAAGUGUUGCGCCAAGCCUAG